AAGCUAAAUUAGUUGUCUCAAAGAGGAAUGACAGGUGGUUCAUCACAGAUAUGAAUCUCGAGCACAACCACGAGUUGAGUCCGCCGGAAGAGACCAAGUAUUUGAGAUCCCACAAACAUAUGACAGAGGAAGAAAAGUUGUUUGUUCGUACAUUCAACUCUGUGAAGAUGCCCACAAGAAAAAUUAUGGCCAUUCUUGAAUAUUUACGACAAGGCCCACUACCUUACACGAAAAAGUUUGUUAGUAAUGUGAGAGCAUCCAUGAGAAAGGAGAAUAGUGGCAAUGACAUGAUGCAACUUCUGGACUACUUUAGGGGCAGACAAGCGGAUGAUUCAAGAUACUUUUACAAGUUCAAGGUUGAUCCGAAGAACCCAAGCAAGGUCCUAUGCAUUUUUUGGGUAGACGGAUAUUCAAGGAAAAUGUACUAUCUGUACGGUGACAGCAUAAGCUUUGACACAACUUACAAGACCAACAAAUACAAUCUUCCCUUUGCUCCCUUCGUUGGUGUUUCUGGACAUGGGCAGAAUUGCUUGUUUGCAUGUUCCAUCAUUCAAGAUGAGACGAUUGACACUUUUGAAUGGUUGUUUCACACAUUCCUUGACUGUAUGGGUGGCAAGCAACCCGCGACGGUCAUCACAAACCAAGAUGCAUCAAUGAAAGAGGCUGUGCCUGCUGUGUUCAACCAGUCCAAACAUAGGAACUGUUUGUUUCAUGUCAAGAAAAAGGCAGAAGAGAAGUGUUGCAGGACUUUUGUGAGUAAAGGUGAUCUCCAUGCAGACUUCACUGACAUUGUGCACAACUCCCUCACAGUUGUGGAAUUUGAGAAGCUAUGGCAAGAGAUGGUUGAGAAGUAUGAUAUUGGGAGCGUCAAAUAUUUCAAGAUAAUGUGGAAGGAAAGGAGAAGAUGGGUCCCUGUCUACUUCAAGACGGAUUUUCUUCCAUUGAUUCACUCCACCUCUCGCAGUGAAGGCAUGAACGCCAUCUUCAAGGACAAUGUAGCGUCAACUUACAAUGUGAUGAGCUUCAUGACAGAAUACCAAAGAAUCUCAGAACGGAUAGAAGACAUGGAGAGGGAGCAAGACUCCAAGACUAGGACGACACAACCAACGUUUUGGGUGCACAAUGAACUUGAGGUACAGGCUGCGCAGAUGUACAACCGGCAAAUCUUUUACUUGUUUCAGAAGAAAAUGAAGUUUGCUGCUAACCUCCAUGUGGAUGUCAUCGAAAAUGGCUCAAGAUAUGAAGUUUACAGGUCAAGGAUGCUUGCUGAGAAGGAUUUCAGGACGCGCCGCUAUCUAGUGCUUGCAAACAUCAACCAUGGAGAUUUUGCUUGCAUCUGUGGGAAGUUCCAAAAGGACGGAAUUGUUUGUGCACACAUACUAAGAGUCCUUCAACAGUUGAACAUAUCUGAGCUACCAGAGAAGUAUUAUCUGGAAAGGUGGAAACCAAAGGACAGGAAGUAUGUGAGGCACAAACAGUUUAAUAUACCAAUGGAGCUGACUGAAGGAAGUCGACAUAUGAGGUACACACUUCUCUCCAAAAUGCUGAAUGAAAUGGCUUCCGAUGGUGCACGAACGAACGAGAAGUACUUGUUUGUGGUCAGAGAGGGUGAAAAAAUAUUUGUUGGGCUUGAAGAGAUGACUAGAGCAGAUGAGUUGAGAGAGCUUCAGGGAAAAGGGAUAGUUCAACAAGAAGUCCCUGAGAUACAAGUACCUCAUCCUGAUGGUUACGAUACCUUACAAGACCCAGAUGUUGCAGCUUCUAAAGGACGUCCACGUGGCCGAUACCGCACAGUCAGAGAGAAGUUUCUUGCAAAAAAUCAUGGAUGUUGCAGCCACUGUAACAGCGGGGAACACACUAUAGCUACUUGUGAGAACCUGCACAUUCCCAAGUCCAGGUUCCAGAAGCCAAAGGCGAAAGCAGCAAGCAAAAAAACUACAGGUGGUCCUAGUGUCGAUGUUGAGAAAGAAAGUGGUGCUAAACGUCAGCGAAAGAAGGCGCCUAGCGCAGAAGUGGGAGGGAUGCUCUAGUGAAAAAAGACGACAUGGACAACACAAAUUUGAAAAACACAUUAUAACUUUGUUGUAAUAAAAUUAGACCAUGUGUUACCUGGAAAAUUAUGAUGGCCAAGGUGAAAAGACAGGAAAAUUGCUUCUCCUAUUACUCCUUUGGAUUUUCUAGUGUGUAUUUGCAGUUGCUCUACUAAAAAAUUCCGGUGCU